CAUCUGUUACGUAGUUUCCCGCCCUGUAUACGUCAGUGGCUGUUGUAUGAUGGAGCCGAGCUAGCAGAGGGUCCCUGCAUCAGCUGUCUAAAGCUUUAACAGAGGGGCUUUGGCCAGUGUGGAGUCCAGUUGGCAGAUAUGGUGAGGCACGGCAGGAUGACGGAGUGUCAAGUCUUCCAGCACUCUUUCCAGGGUAACUCCCUGGCUGUGGGCCAAGUAGGGCAAAACUGUGGGGCAGUUCAGGAGAACGGGAUCUCCCCAGAGCACAUUUCGCACGGCCCUUCAGAUAUUGAAAAGAGCCAGCCAGUAAACAUCCCAGAUGCAGCUAAAAGAAAGAAGAAGAAAAGAACUAGAGCAACAGACAGCUUCACGGGGACGUUUGAUGAUCUCUACAAACUGACAGACGAGGUCCUGGGCCAGGGGGCAUAUGCUAAAGUUCAAGGAUGUGUGAGCCUACAGAAUGGACAGGAGUUUGCUGUGAAGAUCAUAGAGAAGAGUGCAGGGCACAGCCGCAGCAGAGUGUUUCGAGAAGUGGAGACCCUCUACCAGUGUCAAGGAAACAAGAAUAUUUUGGAAUUGAUUCAGUUUUUUGAGGACAGCUCCUGCUUUUACUUGGUAUUUGAAAAGCUGCGUGGAGGCUCCAUUCUUACACACAUCCAGAACCGAAGGUAUUUUGAUGAACUGGAAGCCAGUAAGGUAGUCAAGGACAUUGCCCAAGCCCUUGACUUCCUACACACAAAGGGGAUAGCCCAUAGAGACCUCAAGCUGGAGAACAUACUCUGUGAAUACACUGAUCGAGUGUCACCAGUAAAAAUCUGUGACUUUGACCUGGGAAGUGGAGUAAAGCUCAGCAGUGCCUGUACACCCAUAACAACUCCAGAGCUCACCACACCGUGUGGCUCGGCAGAGUACAUGGCUCCAGAAGUAGUGGAGGUGUUCACUGAUGAGGCCUCCUUCUACGACAAACGCUGUGACCUGUGGAGCCUCGGCGUGAUCCUUUACAUCCUACUGAGCGGCAGCCCACCCUUCACAGGCCACUGUGGCACAGACUGUGGCUGGGACCGCGGGGAAACAUGCAGAACGUGCCAGAGUCACUUGUUUGAGAGCAUCCAACAGGGCAAGUAUGAGUUUCCAGACAAGGACUGGGCUCAUAUCACACAAGGAGCCAAGGAUCUCAUAUCCAAGCUCUUGGUCCGAGACUCCACUCUGCGCCUCAGUGCUGCUCAGGUCCUCAAGCACCCCUGGGUGCAAGGGAAUGCUCCAGAGAGAGGCCUUCCAACUCCUCAUGUUCUUCAGAGGAACAGCAGCACCAAAGACCUGACCCAGUUCGCAGCAGAAGCCAUCGCCUUUAACCGGCAACUAUCCCAGCACGACGAGCAGCAGGAGGACGUCGGGGUCAUCGUCUGCUCCAUGAGACUCUCCCCUCCUUCCAACUCCCGCCUGGCCCGUCGACGGGCUCAGUCCAACGCUCUCCGCGCCAGUGACUUUGCGCCUGCCUCAGACAACCUUGCGGCCUGAAAGACCAGUUCAACUUCCCUCACGAUUUCUGACUGAUUUCAGCAUCCAACUGCUGCUUUAUUAGUGUUUUCACAUGGAGCCUUGUCGGAUCAGCCACACGGUAUCAUAAGUGACUAACUGUUUCUGGUGUUAAAGCUCUUCUCCGUGGCCAGUAAUCUUAUCUCCUCAACUAGACAGAGUUUGAGCACCAGGGGGACAGUUAAUCCUCGGCUGCCACCUCCUAAUUGAAAACAGCAGAGACUGGAGACAGGAGAUUUGACCAAGAGUCGUUUUAAGCUGCCUGAGUUUUAAACAAGGACAGUCUCAUCUGAGAAUGGCUUUGGCUUUUAGAAUUCAUUUAAAGAUUUAUUUGUGGCUUAUAGUGAGCACCACAAAAACAGAAACUACUCUUAUUGCCAGCAAUUAAUUACAUAUCAUAAUCAAGGCAGCAUUAGAGAAGACUGGGACAUAUAUGUCUGCCGUCUUAAUGCAAACUCUAAUUUAUCACAGCUGUUAAUAGGUCAGUAUUUUAUUUGAAAGCUUUGUGUAAGAAAGGGGUAACUUUUAUUCCUUCAUGAAGCAUGUAUGAGUGGAUUUAUGUGGUUUUAAAGGAUACCAAAAGAGAUGGCUCUUAGAAGGAGACUCCCUGUUUAAAUGGGGUUUUUCUCCACAGUAGCUUGAAAAGAACGACUUUUCAUCAUACAUCUGGCUACAUGCAGUAACUAUCUCAGAGCAUAAGUAUAGGUUACAGAAAUGACUGAGAAUAGUUUUUGAUCUUAUUUCUUGCUUUCACUUCAACACGAGCUACCUGUAGCACUGAUGUACUUUAAGAUAAGUCUCUAAUUUAGUUUACCUGAAGAGGAGAGAGAAGGAUCGUUGGGAGGGUUUGAAUAUCAACGGGCUAUGGCUACCUUAUUAUAGUCCAACAAUACUUUCAACUCCCUCAUGCUCCACUUCUUUGAGUAUUUUUUUAACCCCCACCCAAGACUUAGUUUAGUUUCUUAAGCUCUUAGCGGUUUAGUAUCUCAGUGUUUCCAGUCCGACUGUGAUAACUGCAUUAGUUUUAUGUUGUAUGUAGUUCAUGAGACUUAAAGGUAUUUUUUGAAUAGUUGAUGUUUUACAUUUUGGUGAGAUAAGGGACUCUGUGUUGGGAGUGAAGGGAUUUAUUUUUAUAAGCACGUAUUUGUAUAUUGUUCAGUUUUGUAUUUUGUCAGUCUGUGAAUGUGCAAAUGGAAAGAGUGAUGGACUGAUCAAGACUUACUUACGUCCGAUAAGUUACUUUUUGAUUUUUCUUCUUUUUUUUUCUUCUUUUUUUUUAAAGAAACAUUUUCCUUUUUUUCAAAAGAAUUGUUAUUUAUUGUCCAGUCCAUGUUUAAAUUGGGUCACUGAUGGCACUCCAUCACUUCUGCAUCCCCUUACCCUGUUAACUUUAUGUGUUGCCUAUUAAACAACACAUCUGCUUAUUUCACACUGUUGCCAUGGACACCUCAUCCCUAUAGCAACAAAGGGCCUUUAUACGCUGGCAGGAAUUGACAGAGCGAAUACACACAUUAGGAAACAACUGCUUGCGAUGUUAAAGCCCUCGCAUUCCCAUUACGAAUCAUAAAAGGACUUGUUUGUAGCCCCCCAUGAACUUGUAAUGGCAUCAAAUGAGAUGCAGUAAUUGGUAUGCAAUUAUGGAUCCUCACUGAAAUUUGUCAAAGCUCUUAUGGGGUCCUGUGAGUAAAGCUCUUGUGUGUGUAGAGCGUAUUUUUUUCUGGCAUGCUGUGUUCCCAAUAAAAAAAAAAAAAAGAUCUUUAA